CCGUGGACUGUUUGAAGUUUUGAGCUCUCUAAGUAUUAAUUCUUAAGAUGUGGCAGCUAUCGAUCUAGCGUAAAUAUCGAUUUAACUUCGAGGGUAGUUGAGUUUCGCGACAUUUCAAGCAAAACAAUUAUGUAUCUGGUUGCAUGAUUGUAAUAAAUGUGGAGCACUUGAUUUCUGCUUUUAAAUACCAAUAGAAGUGGGGGGGGCGAGUGUUUUUCAGUAAUUAGGGGUGUACUACCUGGGUUUCAGCUGCACAGCUAAAAAGUAAUGCUGUAAAAAAGCUUCGUAUCGUAACGAAUCCUGCUGCUUAAACCGCAAAGAAUUUGUUUAUAGUCAUGUAUUGUUGGGGAAGUAUGAAGCAUGGCGAACUCGGGUUGGGGGGUUUGGAAGAAGAAAUAAUAACUCAACCAAGAAUUUCACCUUUUGCUCUAGCUGAUAAAAUUGUUCAAGUUGGCUGUGGAGAUAAUCAUACAGUCUUAGUUAUGGAAGAUGGCAAGCUUUAUUCAUUUGGGUCAAAUGAUUUUGGUCAGUUAGGCCACGGAAGGUCCAGAACACGAGCAGAACUUGUGGAUGGCCUAGAAGCUCAUAACAUCACCCAAGUUGCAUGUGGAGCACAACAUACACUUGCUCAAAAUGAAUGGGGCGAGAUGUUUGCUUGGGGUUCCAAUUCAAGUGGGCAGUUGGGGUUGAAUGUUGAGGAAUCCAUAAUGCCAACUCCUAAAAUGGUAAAAUCUUUGGCUACCAAACAAGUUGUUCAAAUAGCUUGUGGACGUAGCCAUUCAAUGGCCUUGACAAAUGUGGGUGAAAUAUACUGCUGGGGCUCCAACAGCCAUGGGCAGCUAGGAUUAGGAUCUUCUGGAACACCAGAGUUGAAACCUUGUUUGGUUAAGUUUCUGCACGGAAUCCCCAUCAGUCAUAUAGCAUGUGGCGCUGACUUCAGUUUUGCGGUAUCUCCUUCUGGAGCUGUCUUUGGUUGGGGGAAGAAUUCGUUUGGGCAAUUGGGACUUGGUGAUUCAGUCGAUCGGCCUCAGCCGACCCAAUUGAAGAGCUUGCGAUUCCAACGGGUAACUUACAUUAGAUGUGGGAUGGAUCACACUGCCGCGCUAACCCGCGACGGAGGGGUAUUCACUUUCGGAGCGGGGAUGUAUGGCCAAUUGGGCCACUGCACGUCUGCCAAUGAAAUGUUGCCAAGAAAAGUGUUGGAAUUAAUGGGUACUACCGUUACUCAAAUAGCUUGCGGAAGAUGUCAUACUCUAGCGUUUGUCCCUUCAAAAGGGCGGAUAUAUGCCUUUGGAUUGUGUGGAUCUGGCCAGUUGGGGACAAAAUCAACCGCCAACGUAAAUGCACCACAACUUGUACUCGGACAAUGGGAAACUACUGUCAGCGUGGCUGGAGCGAACAAUGCCGGAGCACUAGCUGAUGAAUCAUCAUCUGUAAAUUCUGAAGGCAACCACCUGGUUGUACGGAAUAUUUUUUGUGGCGGAGAUCAGAGUUUUGCUCUUGUUAGCCCCUAUACGGAAAACUUUGAAUCAGCUGAUUAUCGGGAACAUCCUGCUGCCAUGCAAAUUUUAAGUAUUUUUCCAGAGGAAAUAAAAAAAGUGCGAGCACUUCUUCCGGACGUUGCUGUCGACUUAGACCUUCUUAGGUAUGUGGAAACCGUCUUCUCACAUCUUGCCUGUUAUAAUGCGUCAUUUUUACGUGCCGAUGGCUCGCAUUAUGGUUGCAGUUCAAAAAAUCACGGAUUGGAUCUUCACUUGGCUGCGGAAACAUUUGGACAGAUUAGCCGAAUUGAACAUCCAACAAUUUACGUUCUGCUACGACGAUGUAUCUGUAACGAACUGUUCCCGAGUCUUAAUCAAUCCAUCCCAGAUAUAGAGAUUCUACGUGUUUACCUCAUUCUUCCGCUGUACCAUGAGUUCCAGCAGCCUAAAUAUUUUGAGGAGCUACAUUUUCCCUUUACGUCUGUUCUACUGAAUUUAAAACAUGAUGCGGCAAAGGUUUAUGAUAUGUGGUUGGCGUCGACAAACACCGACUACUUCACUCGGCUUAUUAACAUUUUCAAGCAAGUUGUCGUUCACAUCGUAAACUUGCCAUCCAGUUUUGAUCCAACCGAGACGACAAGGCUGGGCAUCAGACUCAAGACGUGCCUCGAUAUGUUGAAGAAAUUAAAUAACGUAAAUCGUCAAGCAGUCGUGAAAAAAGUCGGGCAUGAGCAGUUUUACAUCCCGGAACUAACAGACAAAGUAGACGUGAAGCGAGAUUACUUUAAAUGGCUAGUUGACGCUGCUAACAAGGAAUUCCGGCUGUGCAACUACUCGUUUGUCUUCGAUGCCAAAGCCAAAACUCUACUAUUGGAAGCCGACCAGAACAUACAAAUGCACUCGGCAAUGCAAGAAGCGGCUACGAGAGGUAUUUUCUUUGGUUUUCCUGCGGUUCAACAGUAUCUGAUACUCGAAGUCCGGCGUGAUAAUUUGGUCAAUGAUACCAUUAGUGAACUGUCAAAAUGCGCUAGUGCAGACCUGAAGAAGCCGUUGAAGGUAAAGUUUCACGGCGAGGAAGCUGAAGAUGCCGGUGGAGUACGGAAAGAAUUUUUCAUGUUGUUGUUGAAAGAGAUACUCGAUCCCAAAUAUGGUAUGUUUACUCACUACCAAGAAAGCAGGGCAAUAUGGUUCUCAGAGUUGUCCCUAGAAGAGCAGGGCAUGUAUUUUUUAAUUGGGUUGCUGUGUGGUUUAGCCAUCUACAAUUUCACCAUCAUCAACUUACCCUUCCCCCUAGUCCUGUAUAAGAAGUUGCUGGCCGAGCCUGUUCAUUUAGACGACAUAGAUGGGUUGUGUCCAACAUUAAUGCGGAGUUUACAUUCUUUGCUGGAUUACGAGGGAGAUGAUAUAGAUGAAGUUUUUUGCCUUAGUUUUGUGAUGUCACGAGAGGUUUUUGGUUCGGUCCAGACCGAUGAAUUAAAACCCGGUGGUGCCAACAUUCCUGUGACGCAAAAAAACAAGCAGGAAUAUGUCGAUUUGUACGUGGAUUUCAUCUUGAACAAAUCAAUUGCCAAGCAUUUCGACGCCUUUAAUCAGGGCUUUCAUAAAGUCUGUGGUGGGAGAGUCCUUCGGUUGUUCCAGUCGCACGAGCUCAUGGAUUUAGUUGUCGGCAAUGAAAAUUACGAUUGGUAUGCGCUGCAAGAGAACGCCGAGUAUAAAAACGGCUUCAGUUCCGACCACCCGACUAUUCGUCUAUUUUGGGAAGUCUUCCACGAGUUGUCUCUUGAACAGAAAAAAAAUUUCCUCCUCUUUCUUACCGGUUCAGAUCGUAUACCCAUCUUGGGGAUGAAAGCUUUGAAAGUAAUUAUCCAAAGGACAGCGGGUGGCGAUUCGUACUUGCCUGUCGCUCAUACGUGUUUCAAUCUAUUGGAUCUUCCGUUGUACAACACGAAGGAAAAGCUUCGCUACAAGUUGCUUCAAGCCAUUCAACAGAAUCAAGGUUUUGCCCUAGCCUAAUUCACUUUAUGUAACCUUUCCAGGAAACGCUAAAUUUUUCGCCUGUUUUUAAAAAGAUUCCCCUCUAAAUUUAUUUGUUUGUUGAAGCGUGAUCACCCCUCCUUUUUUU